UUCCAGGGGUGCCCGUGGCUCAGGGCUGAUCUCCAGACCCUUCAGGACCUCGUGCUCAUUGCUGGGGGCCCUGCAGCCCCCAGGGGAUGAGGGGUGAGUCCAAGGUUUGGAUUUAGAGGCAGCUCCUGAAUUGCUGUGGGUGGAGGCCCCAGAGGAUGCUGAUCAGGGCACUCAGAGCUUGUUGGGAUACUUUGGAUCCUGACAUCAGCUUUGGCAGGGUUUCCUGGCAGCCCUUACAUCCACGUGGGAUGGAGCAUGAGUAAUAAAACAAGCUCUAAUUUUGCCCUGGAUUAAAUCCCUUCUUCCUGUUUUCAAAGAGUGAGCUGUGGCAGGUCGUGUGGACAGUCAGCUGAUGGCUUAUGAAAUACUGGAGUCUGCAAGCUGCAGGUGGGGUUUGCCUCCACCAGAGUUCCAGAAGCAGGAAAUGCCUGUGCUGCUUCCUGUCUUUGGGAUACAUUUUUAUGAUUUGGUUUAAGUUGAGGGAGUGGAGAUCUUUUUCCCCAGGGUUUGGUUAAACCUCAGAGAGCAGAGCAGCUCUCCUGUGCCCCCAAGACACAGCAGUUACACGGUGAUGAUCCAAUCCUGCAGGCCAGAACAGGACCCAUCCCUGCCUGGGGCUCCCUUUGUUCCCAAAACCAGGAGACAAAGCACUUCUUGGGACUGUGAGCACAACAGGACACUUGUGGAGGAGUGGAGUGAGAGGAGGCUCCUCGGGGAGGUGCUGACAAACGCUGGGUGAUAAUUGAGAUUUUUAUUAAAAGUUUCCUCUGGGAGCUCCUCUCUUCUCCUGAGGUGUAUUGAGCAGCUGAACAUCUGCCCUCGGUGCUCUCCAGGAACUCCAGGGGUGCCAGCAGGGGCAGCUGCUGGCUGUUCUCAGAACCCUUUGAUUUGGAUAAACAGAAAAUUUAUCCACGCAGCCACAGCUGGGUGUUCCCACGGGAGAUUAUUCCCAAAGCUUGGCAGGAGGCUGCCUCCCACCAGGGUAACAACUCCUCAAAUAUCCUUUGGAAGCAGGAAUGGACAGCUCAAAAUCCCAGCCAAAGAGCUCCUGACCCCCAGGAGAGCUGGGCGAGUUCAGUGUGUCCCUGUUUUCCUGAAGAACACCAAAGAACACUCACAUUUUUGUGGUCAGAGCUUCGGGACCGACUCCUCCCAUCCCGGUUUGGAUGUGUCAGUGGAAAAUAUUUUUUUGGAGGUGAAAUGAGCUUGCUGGUUGCCUUGAAGGCUCUGAUAAAUCCCAGCUGAACUCGCAGCAAACAUGAAGCUGAUUUUGAUCUUCAGUGCCCUCCUCGGGGCUUCCCUGUGCCUGGAAACCUUCGUUGGGCACCAGGUCCUCCGGAUCAGGACCAAAAAUGAGGAGGAGGUCAGGCAGCUGCAGCUCCUGGAGUCGCUGGAGCACCUGCAGCUGGAUUUCUGGGUCAGCCCCUCUGCCCCUGCCCUCCCUGUGGACGUGAGAAUUCCUGCUGCCAGUGUCCAGUCAGUGAAAGCCUUCCUGGAAUCCCAGGGCAUUGGAUAUUCCAUCCUGAUUGAAGACCUGCAGGAUGUUCUGGAUAAAGAAAAGCAAGACAUGGCCGAGAGUGCCCAGAGGCAGCGCAGCAGCAACACCUUUGACUUUGGUACUUACCACACUCUGGAUGAGAUUAAUGCAGAGCUGGACCACCUUGCCUCUGAGUACAGCUUUGUGGAGAAGAUCCAGAUCGGGCAAUCCUACGAGAAGCGGCCUCUGUACGUCCUGAAGUUCAGCACCGGAGGCUCGCGCCGCCCGGCCAUCUGGCUCGACGCCGGCAUCCAUUCCCGCGAGUGGGUCACCCAGGCCAGCGCCCUGUGGAUCGCCAACAAGAUUGCCUCUGACUAUGGAACAGAUGAGUCCAUCACCUCCCUGCUGGACAAGAUGGAUCUUUUCCUGCUGCCAGUCGCCAACCCUGAUGGAUUUGUGUACACUCACACCUCGAACCGCAUGUGGAGGAAAACCCGCUCCAAGAUCCCCGGCAGCGUCUGCGUCGGAGUUGAUCCCAACAGGAACUGGGAUGCAGGUUUUGGAGGUCCUGGGGCCAGCAGCAGACCCUGCUCUGACUCCUACCACGGGCCCAGCGCCAACUCCGAGGUGGAGGUGAAAUCUGUCGUCGACUUCAUCAAGAAUCAUGGAAACUUCAAGGCCUUCCUGACCCUCCACAGCUAUUCCCAGCUCCUGAUGUAUCCCUAUGGAUACAAAUGCACCAGGCCCAAUGAUUAUGCCGAGCUGGAAUCUCUGGGAAGAGCUGCUGCCAAUUCCAUCCGCUCCCUCUAUGGCACCACCUUCCAAGUGGGCACCAUUUGCAACACCAUCUACCAAGCCAGUGGAGGCAGCAUUGACUGGAGCUACGACAAUGGGAUCAAAUAUUCCUUUGCCUUCGAGCUGCGGGACACGGGGCGCUACGGCUUCCUGCUGCCCGCCAACCAGAUCCUCCCUGCUGCCAAGGAGACCUGGCUGGGCCUCAAGAAAAUCAUGGAGCACGUGCGGGACAAGUCCUCCUGAGAGCUGGGCUGAGCUCUCUGCAGCACAGCUCCUAAAUCCUCCGUGGGCUGUGACGGCUGUCGUGAUGGAAAGGGCUGAAUAAACCCCUGUGCACUCCCCA